AUGGAGGGCAGCGGCGCGGCCCCGGAGGAGGAGGAGAGCGGGGCCGCGAACGGCGCUCCCCCCCCGCCGCCGCCGCCGCCCACGCCGGCCGCCCCCUGCGGCUUCAGCUCCUCCCUCUGCUUCAGCGCCGCCGCUGCCGAGCCGCAGCCGCCCGCGGCCGGCGGCCGGGUGGUGCAGAGCCAGUGGGAGAUCAACAACGCCGCCUGCCAGCCGGAGGAGGAGGAUGAGGAGGUGGUGGGGCCUCGGGACCGGCCGCCGGAGGAGCCCGACCUGGUGAUCGAGGUGUCGGGCCGCCGCAUUCGGGCGCACAAGUCCGUGCUGGCGGCCAAGAGUGACUAUUUUCGUGCCCGCGCCUCACGGGACGUCCUGCGGGUGAAGGGGGUGAGCUACGGGGCGCUGCGGCUGCUCAUCGACUACGUGUACACGGCCCGCAUGGGCGAGGUGCGGCACGACAACCUGGCUGAGGUGGUGAGCGGCGCCCGCGUCCUCCAGAUGCCCUGUGCCCUGCACUGUGCCGCCGAGGCCAUGCGCGCCCAGCUCUGCCUCGGCAACUGCUACCAGCUCCUCUGCCUGGCCAAGAAGCAGCGGCUGGCCGAGCUGCGGGAGGCUGCCUAUCGCUUCAUGAGCGACCAUUACCUGGAGGUGCUGCGGGAGCCCAGCGUUUACGGCCGCCUCAGUGGCGCUGAGCGGGACCUCAUCCUGCAGCAGCGCAUGGAUGCCGGCCGGCCCUGCUUGCUGGUGGCCGAGGUCAGCGACGCCUUCGAGCGGCCGGGUGGUGGCAGCCGGCCGCAGAGCCGCGAGAGCAGUCGGCCACAGAGUCCCUCCUCAGUUGUGUCGCUGGAGGAGAGUGGCUCCCUCAUUCACUGCUACCAGGAAGCCAGCGGCGAGUGGAGGGUGCUGACGCGCCUGCCCGAGGAGGCCAAUGCCAAGGGCUGCGCCAUGUGUGUCCUCCACAACUACCUCUUCCUGGCAGGGGGCAUUGUGACAGGGCCGGUGGGCAGCGAACCCAGGGCCCGCCUUUCCGACAAGGUCUUCUGCUACAACCCCCUGACCGACACCUGGAGCCAGGUGCGGCCGCUGGCUCAGCCCCGCUCGCAGCUCAAGCUGCUGGCCCUGGAUGGUUACCUCUAUGCUGUGGGGGGUGAGUGCCUCUUCACUGUGGAAAGGUAUGACCCACGGGCCGACCGCUGGAGCCCUGUGGCACCUCUGCCCAAGGGUGCCUUCGCUGUGGCUCAUGAGGCCACCACUUGCAACGGGGAGAUCUAUGUGUCAGGAGGCUCCCUCUUCUAUCGCCUGCUCAAAUAUGAUCCCAAGCGUGACGAGUGGCAGGAGUGCCCUUACAACAGCAGCCGCCGGCGCUCUGCUGACAUGGUGGCCUUCAAGAGUUUCAUCUACCGCUUUGAUGUGAGCAGUGGCCGUGGUGGGGAGCAGGGCGCAGGCGGCGGGACAAGCGGUGGUGUUGAAGUUUUCCGGUACAACACAGUGGCCAAGUGCUGGAGCCAGUGCGCCAGCCUGCGGCCCAGCGGUGGCCCCAUCCAGCCCUUCCGCUGUGCCCCCUUGGGCAACACCAUCUACUGCGUCAACCGGACUGGCACCCUUCGCUUCAGCCUAGCCCAGGAUGGUGAGGUGGAAGCAGAUGGUGGGCUCAAGGGCACCUUUGACAGGGAGCUUCUUAAAGCUCCUUUAGAUGUCAAGGGUGUCCUCCUACCCUUCGUGCUUACCCUGCCUGAGAGGCUGGACAAAACCGGGGACCAGGAGGGUUCCCUCCCACUGUAAGGUGGCCAGCCUGGCUCUGGCUUCCUGAGGGGGGAGUUGGGUGGCAGAUCCACAACUCCCAUUGACAGAGGAGACCCACUCUCUUGUGUCUGCGGAGAAAAGGGACUUGUCCUUUCCUCUGCUCUGCUCUCAAGAUCAUGAGCUGGUUUUAACUCAGUUGUAAUUCUUCUCAUGUUUGCUGUGCUUUGUGUGAAAAGCCAAGCACACAAAAGUAAAAGCUGCUAUAAAGGAUAAUCUCUGGAUUAUGUUUGUGCCAAUCCCCAAUAUGAGAAAAAAGUUUUUACACCUGGAUUUUUAAAAUAUUCUCGACAAGAGUGUCAUAAUGGGACAUUAGUGUUGGUUGUGUGUUUACACAUAGUUGCAACCUGGGCUGGAGCCUUUUCUGUCAUUUGUGGCUUUUUCUCCUCUGGGAUGAUACUGAGGGAUAAACAUUGCUGGCAACAUAGUUUAGCUGCAUUUGUUUUCAUGUUAAACCAAUUAUUUCCUGUGUUUAAGAAGUAUAGGAAGAACGCCUCCAUCGCAGCCUUUCGUUUCUGGUGCAAUAGACAGUGUAAGGAAGCUGUGGCACUGUAUUAGUCCCAGGAAUUUCAACCACAGAUGAUUUAACGGAUACCAACCUUAAUGUUUUAAGUAACAAAUGUGUGCCACAUGUUUAACUUGGAAUGCAAAAAAGAGAAAAAAAAAAGUCAAGCCAUCUUUUUAAAAUGUGGCAUUUUGUGGUAGAUAUGAAAUACUGAUAUGUUCUUUAUUUGAAAAGACAGUGGUUUCUGUAUGAAAAAAUACUGGUUUACUACUUUUUUUGAUCAGAGAUUUUAAAUUAAAAAUGAACUGAAGCUGUUCAGACUGCAACCAGUUGACAUGACCAUGUAUGACACUAGAACUGGGGAAGAACUUUGUACUUCGUAUGCUCUUUAAUUGACUGCAGGUCAAGGAAGGUUAACCUAAACUAACCUGUGGCAAAAGGCCUUUCCCACUUAUUUCAAGACCAUCAAAAGGGGACGUGGAAAAUAGAAAUGUGCUACACAUGUUGAUAAUAUUGUGCCACUAGUAUGAUGUUACUUCCCUGUCUUUUGAUUGAGAGACUGCUUUAUUUAUUUUGAACUAAUGAUUGCUGUAAUCAAUAAGUUCUUGUUAAUUGCAGUACGUGCUGAUGGCGUACGCAGUCAUUGUGAUUCUAAACUGCCCAAGAGUGCUGUUUGUGGGGCAGCAUCCAAAUAAGGCAAAACCAUACAAAACUUCUUCCUGCCUGUGGAAAGUUGGAGCACACUUUUUGUCAUGUUACUCAGAACUGGAAAACAUAAAAUGUCUACGCAGACUAUAUUGAAAAGGGCACAUGAAUUUAUUUUAUACAUUUUAUAUUUAAAAAAAAAAAUAGGCAAGGCAAAUGUUUUAGCUUUAUGGUAAAUCACUGAGAAACCUUUUCUGAAAAAAGAACCUGUGUUUUUGCUGGUACAUUGCUGUAUAUUCAGCAUGGAACUCAAGUGGACUGUGGAAGAGAAUUGUUUAUACUCAAAGCUCUAGUAUAGAUUCAUAUUUUAGAAAGACAUAGGGACCUUGCAUCAAAAAAAAAGCAGAUCUUUUUAUGUUUUAUUAAGAUGUUUUUGUUAAAUAGGACUUUAGCAUUCUUACAUAUAAUUGCUAGUUCCAAAGGAAGGCAGCAGGCUCUGUCCUACGAGACAUCAUCUGUACAAAAGAGAAUAGUGAACUUCAUAGAUAUUUCUUUCCUUCACUUUAAUGUUUGGGGUUUUUUUUCUCUUCUCGUUGUUGCACAGGGUUUUAAUGCAGCUGAUCUGGUUAGUCAUUCUAUAGAAAACAGUGGUCCAGUCCUAGAAGUUCUUAGCCAAGUGAACCUGUUCCCUAGUGAGCUAAUUAAAGCAUCAGCCAGGCAGGAGUGUGACAUUUAUCUUAGCCUCAGUACAGGUUGGUGCAGUGGAAUUUAACAUCCUUCUCAGAAUAUUUGAUUUAAUUUUCAGAUGAAAAUCCUUGGAAAUAUUGACUCUAAAUUAAAUUACAGCAUUGUAGCUUGAGCAGGAAAUAAAAAUUACAUAUUUGAUUUCAGCAUAAUUUUUAUGUUAACUGUAGAAAGUAUUUCAAGCUGUGUAGUGCAACGCUUAGGUGCAUACUUAAACUAGAAACAUAAGUGGUAGGCCAGAUUUUAAAAUAGUAGCAUCACCAGGAACACACACAAGGAAACGUCUUCUUGCAGUACAAUGCAGUUUCACAGUUCAAAGACUUAUGUAGUAUAGUUCUUAUACUACAGCGUAGUGAGGUAUCAAGCCAGGUUUUGCAUUCUUAUUAAUUAAGCAUUAAUUAAGCACUGUCAUUCUGCUAAUGCAUGAAAAUGCUUCUAAAUGAGUUUUGGGAAGUUUCCGUGAUUUAAGAUGUGACAAUAAUCCACAAACUUUGGAGACAGAAUGAACCAUAUCCUUUCUUCCAAUAUUUAUUGCUGUACACUAAGAAGAAAUACAUUUGCAAGUAAGUUUUACAGUAUUAAGUGUUUAACAAACCUGCAAUGGUUUGUGUUUUUGCUAGCUCCUAUUUUUAAAAAAAGUUGAAUCAAGUGCUUACCUGCUUUCACUGUCUAAACAGUGAGACAGGGGAGAGUCUGGGCUUCAUUAGCAGCUGUCUAUCAAACCUGUUUCCUUUGUACACUGCGUAGUCACAGCCUGAUGAUUAACAACAAAAGCAUGUUUCUAGCCAGAUUUCCUACUUUGUGGCCUCUGUUUCCUCCCUGGUAGGCCUAAGGCAGGUUUGCUGAAAAUUGUUUUCUCCCCCAGUUAUAUCUUCACAAAGAAACACCCCCACCAAACUUGGGUACUAAAACCAGAAUUUAGAUUGUCUUCAGGCAUUUAAAGACUGCAGUUGUCAUUCCAGAACACUACAGUUUCACUUAAACCUAGCAACAACUCUCUUUGACAUGUGGAGCUGCUGAGCAGUUCCCCUCCGCCCAUUUGGAACUGCUCAGAGCAGUUCUACACCUACCUACCAAGUGGGAUAUCCAGAAACCACUGAUGUAAUAGGGUUUAAUUUAGGUACAAACCAAAGGGCCAGGCCACCCUCAAGUUUUGUUUGCAUAUGUUUUGCUUUUAAAACAGCCGUUUUAUCUAGAGUAGCCUGAAGUCUACCAUGUUUGCAUAGGAGCACAGAGAUCUGUGUGUGCUUUCUUAGCCUGCAAGCAUUCAGUUCACAUCUCCCACCCUCUGGUUGUCAAUGGACUAAAGGAACUCUUGGAGCUAGUCGUGAUCUCUAAAAAUUUAUGCAUUUUGCAUUGUAUGUUAAUUGGCUAAAAGUCUCACAAAUCAAGUUAGUCAUCCUCACUGAGUGAUCUGAGACUAGCUAGAGAGACAUAGUCUGCCCUGCUGGUGUUCUUCCCCCUGAAUCUUAAAGUCCUCCCAUUUCAAUGGGACAUGUGAGAGAUAGUAGCCCUAAUUUUUCAGUGAAAAAUUCAUGUCAAUGAAAUGCCUAAAGCCUUCGUUGAAUCUAAAACUAAAUUCCAAUUUCAAUAAAGAAACGCUAUUAAGAGAUGAAACUUUACUGUUUCUAUCUAUUAACUGGUUACAUGAAAUAGAAAUCUUAAUUGCAGCAAAAGCAUGUGUACAAGUUCUGUUUACACUUGAAACUAAGUAAAAAAAAAGUGGCAGAAGAAUAACCCUGUUUGAUCAAAACUGGCACUGUUGAGCAACAUGAGGAGGAUGUUAGUCAUACCCUAGUAAUGACUAAAAUUGUGCAGUCACUGAUGUAAAUUCUGUCCACAGAAAGUUUCUUUGUAAAUAAAUACCUGGUAAAAUUUGAAGUGAUAAGAGAAUAAAUUACUCACAUGAAAGCCAUACCUCUCCUGUGUUGUUUGAUUGGCUCACAGAAUGCUGUUUCCCAGUUACCACUGGUUAUCACGAGUGGGCUAUUGCUUUUCUUGAUUUGCAUCAUGUAUUCCACUGAUGGUUCCAUAGAUGUGUUACCCUUCAUUAUCACAAAGCUUAACAGUGGUGCUGGUGCUUUAUGUCUGGGCUGAUUUGUAGUGUUUUCUGCUGGAAUGAAUCCAGAUCAAGACAGAAUCCUAUCUUUGGGCUUUUUUGUUUUUUCUCAGUAGCAUUGCUCCUGGGAAACUUAAAACAUAAAAAGGGGAAAUGGUAGUACUGCUGAGCAGUUGUAAUAAAAAGCAUUUUAUGAAUUACUCUUUUUUCUGCUGUUAUUUUGCACACCAGAUUUGCGCUGGUUUAGCAGAACAGCUGUUAGGCUGUUACCAAUAGUAUGAGUCCAAGCACUAUUGCAGCAAAGUAUGUUUUUACCUAUUUGCUGCCCCAGCUCCUACUCUGAGAUAAUGUAGUGCAAGUCUGUAAUAGUUCCAUGCAUUUAUGUUACUGGAACUAUUCUGACUAUAUUACUGCUACUAAAAGCUGAGAUUGACACAGAAGCUCAGUAAAAUUGUGCACUCAGAAUAUAUAAUCACACACUUUUCAUUUGUUUUGGCCUACUGAAUGCUGAGAGCUGCUGGAAUGAACCCACUGGUAUUAGGAAUCAGCACAAGUGCUGGUUUUGGCUGGUGUCAAGUUAAUUUUCUUCACAGUAGCUGGUAUGGGCCUGUGUUUUGGAUUUGUGCUGAAAACAGUGCUGGUAAUAGAGAUGUUUCCAUUGUUGCUGAGCAGUGCUCACACAGAGCCAAAGCCUUUUCUGCUCCUUGCCCCACUCCACCAAUGAGGAGGCUGGUGGUGCACAAGGGUUUUGGAGGGGAUGCAUCUGGGACAGCUGACCCCAGCUGACCACAGGGAUGUUGCAGACCAUUUGUUGUCGUGCUUAGCAUAUAAAAUUAGGGGAAGAAGAAGGAAGGGAGGACAUAUGGAGUGAUGGUGUUUGUCUUCUAAGUCAUUUCUCUGUGUGUUGGAGCACUGCUUUCGUGGGGAUGACUGAACAUCUGCCUGCCCAUGGGAAGCAGUGUAUGAAUUCCUUGUAAUGUUUUGCUUGCAGGUGCAGCUUUUGCUUUGGUUAUUAAACUGUCUUCAUUUCAACCCAUGAGUUUUCUCACUUUCCCCCUUUUUAUUUUCUCCCCCAAAUCACUGGGAGUGAGUGAGUGGCUGUGUGGAGCUGAGCCGCUGCCUGGGGUUAAACUGCAACAGCAGGCUAUUUUGGAGACUCUUAACUUUCAUGAGUUACUCAAAGGAAAAAAAUGGGAGUGAAAGAUAGGAGGGAAGAGAUGAAUUCAGAGUCAAAAGUACCUACUGUAUGUCCAGUUGAAACAAAGAGCAGGGAAGGGAAACCACAGUUGGUACUUGAGACAGUGAUGGUUUUUUUUCAAAUAUUUCUUAAACAGGGUAGGUUUUUAUCAAUUAUAUUGCUAAUCUUAUAAUUUUGUACCUGCAGUGCUUCUCAAACCACCAUGGUGUUUAAUAAGCUGCCUUUUGCAAGAGUCUCUUGCUUUGCUUUUAAAAAGUCUUAGUGGAUAAACCCUGGACAAAUUUGUGAAAUCAUGAAAUAACAAUGUCUAUGCUGCCACUUUCAACAGAUUAACUAAUGCAAAUUCUUUAGAUACUGUUCACAGUUCAGGUGAAUUAUAUGUGUAACUGAUGUAUUAAUAGUUUCGUUUUUGAAGCAUAUAUCGGUAAAGCUUUUUAUGUACUCCCAAUUUAUGUUGUAAUGAAAUAAAUAUUUAAAAAAAAAGCUUAUGCUCUCCAUUAGGGAUUUCUGGGUAAUUGUUGUUUUUUCUUUGUUAUCCAUCCAAUCAGUAAAUGUUAUUAUGUUUUUUCUUACAAAGGAAAGACAAAAUUAUACAAAUUAUCACACAGGUAAAUAUUUAUGAAAUGUUUCUAAGGCUAAUAAAAAAAAGAGAAAUAUUUUCAUUUCACAAUGCCCUGGGUGUUUGGAGCUUGAAAUAUUCUGCAGCAAAAGCAUUUUCCUAAAUGCAGAUUAGGAUAUACUCCAGUUAACUUUUAUUUCCUUUUUAUCUUUUUUGUUUGUCAGUAUGUUAAAGUGCAUUAUUCAUUUAUUGAAGUUACAUGUAGGUUCUUCCAGGAUACUUUCCUGUAUUAUGUCACAUAUGUCAGAUUUUUGGCUAGAGUAGAUUUACAGCAGCAUAAGUGAAAACAGAAUCAAACACAAUUUAAAUUUCCUACUUUGUCUCCUACUUAUUUUCUCAUCAGAUAUUUUGCUUGACAUGAGGUCAUAUGACCUAGUUGAAAACUCCAAUAUUCAUAGAUUAUGUGGGGUUGAACUUGCUGUAAUUUCUUUCAUUUCCUUACCUGUUGCUGGCUUUCUUACAUUUUCUUAGGAAGGGCUAAAUUCUGCUGCUGAUUAAACCAGGGUAGAUCUGGAAUAGCUCAAUAAAACAUUUGAGAUUAGCAGAUUUUUUUUUUCCAUUCAUCCCCAGAGUUUUGAGUCUGUUACAAAAUGACCGGGGGCAUCCUUUGGAAAACAAAAAGUUCUGACUGAAUAAGA